AUGAAUCCUGAGUGGCUGAAUCAGAAAACCACACAGGUAGAUGAGAAUUGCGGGGGAAGGAACAUUGACGUGCACCAUACACGCGGAGGAUUUGGUGCUGUAAAAUCAGUGUAUAUAGUUGAGCAGAACAGUAAAUCUACAGCAUCAAAUCUACAGCAUCAAAUCUACAGCAUCAAAUCUACAGCAUCAAAUCUACAGCAUCAAAUCUACAGCAUCAGAUCUACAGCAUCAAAUCUACAGCAUCAGAUCUACAGCAUCAAAUCUACAGCAUCAAAUCUACAGCAUCAAAUCUACAGCAUCAAAUCUACAGCAUCAAAUCUACACAUCAAAUCUACAUCAUCAAAUCUAAAUCAUCAGAUCUACAGCAUCAGAUCUACAGCAUCAAAUCUACAGCAUCAAAUCUACAGCAUCAGAUCUACAGCAUCAAAUCUACAGCAUCAAAUCUACAGCAUCAGAUCUACAGCAUCAGAUCUACAGCAUCAGAUCUACAGCAUCAGAUCUACAGCAUCAGAUCUACAGCAUCAGAUCUACAUCAUCAAAUCUACAGCAUCAAAUCUACAGCAUCAGAUCUAUAACAUCAGAUCUACAGCAUCAGAUCUACAGCAUCAAAUCUACAGCAUCAGAUCUACAGCAUCAAAUCUACAGCAUCAAAUCUACAGCAUCAAAUCUACAGCAUCAAAUCUACAGCAUCAGAUCUACAGCAUCAAAUCUACAGCAUCAAAUCUACAGCAUCAAAUCUACAGCAUCAAAUCUACAGCAUCAGAUCUACAGCAUCAGAUCUACAGCAUCAGAUCUACAGCAUCAGAUCUACAGCAUCAAAUCUACAGCAUCAGAUCUACAGCAUCAGAUCUACAGAAUCAGAUCUACAGCAUCAAAUCUACAGCAUCAAAUCUACAGCAUCAGAUCUACAGCAUCAAAUCUACAGCAUCAAAUCUACAGCAUCAGAUCUAUAGCAUCAAAUCUACAGCAUCAAAUCUACAGCAUCAGAUCUACAGCAUCAAAUCUACAGCAUCAGAUCUACAGUAUCAAAGCUACAGCAUCAGAUCUACAGCAUCAGAUCUACAGCAUCAAAUCUACAGCAUCAAAUCUACAGCAUCAAAUCUACAGCAUCAAAUAUGCAGCAUCAAAUCUACAGCAUCAGAUCUACAGCAUCAAAUCUACAGCAUCAAAUCCGCAGCAUCAAAUCUGCAGCAUUCCAGAAUCAAAUAUGCAGACGGUAUUACGGGUCUUGAUGACGAUGUUUUGGGGUCAGUUGUGCCAAUUUUUUGUCAGCCGGGGGGAUGGCAGCUUUCUCGAGAGCGAAAACAACCUACGUUCUUCGUUGUGGUGUUGACGGAUAUCGACUCGGACCGUCACUACUGCGCAUGUCUGACCUUCCAUGAGGCCGAAAUCAACCUGCAGGGAACCAAGCACGGUCACAGCGAUGGCGACGACGAAGAUUCCGGGUUAAUUCAACCUGCACAAGUGUUCGCUCCGAAAAGUUUGGUGCUGGUGUCCAGAUUAGACUAUCCCGAAAUCUUCAGGGCCUGCCUGGGACUGAUCUAUACCGUCUAUGUGGACAGUCUGAACGUGUCCCUGGAGAACCUGGUAGCCAAUCUGGUGACCUGUAUCAUCCCAUCAGCCGGCGGAUCGCAGAAACUGUUCUCACUAGGAGCCGGGGAUCGGCAGCUGAUCCAGACGCCUCUAUACGACAGUCUGCCGGUGACGGGCACCAGCGUGGCGCUGCUUUUCCAGCAACUAGGAAUCCAGAACGUUCUCAGCCUCCUGUGUGCGGUCCUGACCGAAAACAAAGUCCUGUUCCACUCCUCCAGCUUCCAGCGCCUCAGCGACGCCUGCCGAGCACUAGAGGCGCUAAUGUACCCCUUAAAGUAUAGUUACCCCUACAUUCCCAUCCUCCCAGCACAGCUGCUCGAAGUCCUCAGCUCCCCCACUCCGUUUAUUAUUGGGGUCCAUUCCGUCUUCUGCUCCGAGCUCCAUGAUCUGCUGGAUGUCAUCAUCGCUGAUCUGGAUGGAGGAACCAUAAAGAUCCCAGAAUGUAUCCACUUGUCCCCGCUGCCCGAACCCCUGCUCCACCAGACGCAGACCGCACUGUCCCUCGUUCUUCAUCCGGAUCUUGAAGUGGCAGAUUACGCCUUCCCGCCGCUGCGCUCUUCUUUGUCCCACAUAAAGAUGCUGGAUAAAGAAGUGCGCGCCGUCUUCCUCAGAUUGUUCGCCCAGAUAUUUCAGGGAUACCGAUCCUGCCUUCAGCUCAUCAGGAUACACGCAGAACCCGUCAUACACUUCCACAAGGCCGCAUUCCUAGGACAGCGAGGGUUAAUAGAGAACGAUUUCCUCACUAAAGUGCUGAACGGGAUGGCGUUUGCCGGAUUCGUGUCAGAGCGCGGACCCCCGUACCGGGCCUGCGAUCUGUUCGAUGAGCUCGUGUCCCAUGGAGUAGAAAGAAUCAAAGAAGAAGAAAACUGCGACGCGCAGGAGACAUUAAAGCGAGUGAAGGAGCUGGCGGAGCAACUCUUCAAAAACGAAAACCCCAACCCCCACAUGGCGUUCCAGAAAGUCCCCAGGCCGACUGAGGGGUCCCACCUACGAGUCCACGUCCUGCCCUUCCCCAAGAUCAAUGACCUCAAAGUCCAGGAGCUGAUACAAGAUGGCGUCCACAAGAACCAGAACUCGCUGGCGGCGCGGCUGGAGAAAAAGUGCAUCGUCCCCGCAGGCUCCCCCGUCGUUUCCAUAGUGGACAAGACCAGCGCAGUGUUCAACAGCGCCCGGAGGCUGGAGGUCGUGCGGAACUGCAUCUUGUAUAUAUUCGAGAACAAAAUACUGGAAACCGAAAAGACGCUGGCCGCCGCGCUGCGCGCACUGAAGGGGAAAACCGCCAGACAGUGUCUGACUGAGGAGCUGGGCCACCACGUGAAGGAGAACAGGACCAUCCUCAACCACCAGCAGUUCGACUACAUCGUCCGGAUGAUGAACUGCACCCUGCAGGAUUGCUCCAGCUUUGAAGAAUAUAACAUCGCAGCGCAGCUUCUUCCUCUGGCCUCCGUGUUCUGCAGGAAGUUGUCGGCCGGUGUCAGUCAGUUCGCCUACACGUGUAUCCAGGAGCACGCCGUAUGGACCAACCAGCAGUUCUGGGAGACCACAUUCUACAACGACGUGCAGAGCCAGGUGCGGGUGCUCUACCUGAACACUAAGGACCAAGGGACCGCGCCAAAGGAGAAUGGCGUGGACACCUCGGGGCAUGAGAACACUGUCAUGGACCUGGCGGCGGAGCAGCUCCGUCUUUGGCCGUCGCUCAGCAAGCAGCAACAGCACGAACUGGUCCAGAGCGAGGAGAGCACCGUCUUCAGCCAGGCCAUACACUUCGCCAACCUCAUGGUCUAUAUCUUGGUCCCACUAGACACCAGCAAGAACAAACUGCUGCGGACUUCAGCCACUGGUGACUGGGAGAGCGGCAGCAACAGCAUCGUAACCAACAGUAUUGCCGGCAGUGUUGCGGAGAGUUACGACACGGAGAGCGGCUUUGAGGACUCUGAGAACGAUAUCGCCAAUUCGGUGGUCCGGUUCAUCACUAGGUUUAUUGAUAAAGUGUGCACGGAGAGCGGGGUGACGCAGGAGCACAUCAAGAGUCUGCACUGUAUGAUCCCAGGUAUUGUCGCUAUGCACAUUGAAACACUGGAGGCCGUACAUCGGGAAAGUAGACGACUACCUCCGAUCAAGAAGCCGAAAAUCCUCAGACCGGCCUUACUGCCCGGAGAAGAGUUUGUUUGUGAAGCCUUACGAGUCUUACUGGACCCCGACGGGAGGGAGGAAGCCACCGGAGGAAUUCUUGGAGGACCCCACAUCCUUCCUGCAGAGGGCGCCUUAUUCCUAACCACAUAUCGAAUCAUUUUCAAAGGCACCCCUCAUGACCCACUAGUUGGCGAGCAGAAUGUCAUCCGCAGCGUCCCCAUCUCCUCCAUCACCAAGGAGAAGAAGAUCAACGUACAGAACCAUCUGCAGCAGAACAUGCAGGAGGGGCUGCAGAUCCGCUCCGCCACCUUCCAGUUAAUCAAAGUGGCGUUCGAUGAAGAGGUCAGCCCGGAGAUGGUGGAUCUGUUUAAGAAGCAGCUGAUGAAGUUCCGCUAUCCGGUCUCCAUCUUCAGCACAUUCGCCUUUGCGGCGGGACAGGCGGCUCCGCCCAUCAUCUUGCCAAAACAAAAGGAAAAAAACACUUCGUUCAGGACUCUUUCCAAAACGAUAGUCAAAGGGGCGAAACGGGCCGGAAAGAUGACCAUUGGGCGGCCGUACGUGGCCAAAAAGAAAACUGGAACAAUAUUGGAGGAACGUGGAAGCCGCAACGAGGACGACGACAUCUCUGUUUCCGAUGACAACGAGCUGCCGAGCACAACGCUGAAAGCAGCUGAGAAGUCUACGAUGGAGCAGCUGGUGGAGCGCGCUUGUUUCCGGGACUACCAGCGCCUGGCGCUGGGGACCAUCAAUAACAGCUCCACGCGGCUGAAGUCCGAGCACUUCCGCGUAACGGCCAUGAACCGGAUGUACUCCCUGUGCCGGAGUUACCCCGGUCUCCUUGUUGUGCCGCAGUCGGUCCAGGACAGCAGCCUGCACAAGGUCGCGCGAUGUUACCGCCACAAUAGACUUCCUGCUGUCUCCUGGAAAAACUCCAAAACAAACGCCAUUUUACUCCGCUCCGGAGGUUUCCACGGAAAGACCGUUGUGGGUCUCUUUAAAUCUCAAAAUGCGCACACUGCCGCCCCGGCCUCAUCUCUAGAGUCGUCCAGCAGCAUCGAGCAGGAGAAAUACCUCCAGGCCCUGCUGAACGCCAUCUCUGUCCACUACAAAGUGAACGGCAACGGAAGCAACACCGUGCGGCCCACACUGGCCCUGUCACCAGGCAGCGCCAGAAAGAGCGGAGGGGUUAAGCAUGUUGUGCCAGGACACUUGGAUGGCAGUCCGUCCAAUAGCUUUACCCGAGGAGGUGUUUGGGCCAGUCUGCGCUCCAGCAAUCGCCUUAUCACCACCCAAACGCCACUGGUCGAUGUUGGUGCUCGGCUUUCGGGGAAGGAUCCCACCCCAUCCUACACGGACCAUACUACACUGCAGAACCAGCUGCUGAAGCGCCCUGCCGCCCUGUAUAUCUUUGGGGAGAAAUCUCAGCUAAGGGGCUUCAAGUUUGACUUCGCUCUGAAUUGUGAGUUUGUGCCGGUGGAGUUUGGCGACAACCGUCAGGUGAAGGCGAGUUUUAAGAAGCUUAUGCGCGCCUGCGUGCCCAGCGCUGUGCCGGGGGACUCAGACGCCACCUUCUUCAAGUCGCUAGGAGACUCCGAGUGGUUCCUGCAGCCAUUAAAGCCAAGUGCCAACAUCUCCACCUUGAGGAAGUGGGAGUAUUACACUGAGGAGACCUUGGCCUCGGGUCCUUCCUAUGAUUGGACGACCGUCCCGUCUCGGCUGAACCCGUCUGAAGAGCAGGUGGAGGAGACGUCCCAGCAGGGGAAGAGGAAAGUGGUGUGGCCGUGUUAUGACGAUGUGGCGAAGGUGCAGCCGGACGCCAUCACGCACCUGAUGAGUGAAAUCGAGCGGCUGGAGAACGCGCUAAACCAGAGUUCAGAGCGAUGGCAGCUUCUGUGGGAGAAGGCGAAGGUGAAACUCAAGGAGGACGCCAGGAAGGAGAAUAGGAACCCGGCCAGCCUGAUGUCCGCCAACCUGCAGUCCUAUCAGAAAACCUCAAUGGUGCAUCUGCCGGACAGCGGGUUAGGAGACGACCAGAACACCACAUCAUCACCCUCCAAUGGGGUGGACCGAAGGUCGGCAACACUAUACAAUCACUUUACCUCCAAGAAUGAAGAGAACAGGUCAUUUGAAGGAAUCUUGUAUAAGAGGGGGGCGCUGCUUAAGGGAUGGAAGCCGCGAUGGUUUGUACUUGACGUCACCAAGCACCAGCUCCGAUACUACGACUCUGGGGAAGAUGCCAGCUGUAAGGGACACAUAGACCUGGCGGACGUGGAGACGGUGGUGCCCGCCGCGCCAACCAUAGGAGUGCCAAAGCACGCCAGCGACAGGGCGUUUUUCGAUGUAAAAACCAGCAAGCGAGUCUACAACUUCUGCGCUCAGGAUGCACAAAGUGCCCAGCAGUGGAUGGACAAGAUACAGAGUUGUAUAUCAGACGCCUAAGUGCGCCCCCUAUGUCUGGAGCCGCCAGGACGCCGUUGACCAUAUCACCUCUUUCUAGGAAGGACUGUUUUGUUUUUUUUGCUAUUUUUCAGUUGUUUUUGAGUUAUGUGGUUCAGUGCCCCUUCCAGUCAGCUGACUGCAGAACCCGCCAAGCUGUGCAGCGGCAGGUCAGUGUCCUCGCUCCGCGUGGUGACCGGCACUUGGCAACUAUCAUAGCAUCUGUGCCCACCGCUAAAGAAGAAGAUGAAGUUUUUUUUCUUUUUUGAAGACCAAUUAAUUCUUAUGCAGCUAAAAAACAAAACAUUCCCCCCCAAAAAAUGUUUACGACAACAGAGGGGGAGACAGGGACUUGAAGCGGCAUUUAGGGGCGGAGCUUAGGGGUAAGUCUGAGCGAUUCAGGCUGAGCAGUUUACAGAACCCUGUACAGUUUUUUUGUUUUUUUUUCCCUCGAUGACAUUUGCGCAGUAUUUAAGCCUCGUGCGUGGUUUCUAUCGUGCAGUGCGGUGCUUUUUACUCUCUUUAUGUAUGGUUUGUGGCAGUAGGAAAAGGAUGACACACCCAUGCAAAAUGCUCCUUGAAGGGCAGAGCCCCGGGAUAUCAGCCGCAAUGGGCGGGGCCAGCUCUCCUAUUUUUGUAUAUAGAUAGAAAUGCACUACACAUCGUAUGCAAAGCACAUGCACUUAAAGCUACGUGAAAAGGGCGUAAUGAAGGAACGUUCGGAGUCCGUCAUGUACAUAAUUUUAUGAGAUGCUGUCACUGGACACCCCACACUCAUUCCUCGAAGAUAAAACAAGGGUCUUACCCCCCCCCCCUUCCUUCCUUCCUUUGUUUUGUGUGUGUUUAGGGGUCCCCCCACUCGUCUCCCAAUAAGGAAUGAAAUCCUCUGUUACCACUUGUGAUAUAUUCUCUUGACUGGAGUCCUUAGAUUUUAAACUGUUAAUAUGUUGAUCUUCUAUUACAAUUUGUACUGUAUAUAAAAACUUUUUGUAUCUUCUUAUGUCGCUGAUCCGUGUAAAUUUACAGUCUCCCUGCAGAAACAGCCAUAUAGGUCUAACCUCGGCUAGUUAUUGGGGGUUACCGAGAACCAAUACUACCAACACCCCUCCCCUAAAACUCAAACAUUCCUCCCCCCAGGAGUCUCCAUUUCCUGAUAGAUAUUCUCUUCAUUCGUUUUUUAGUUAUAUCUGUUCUGGUUGUAACCAAUAUUGCUGCAACCCAGCCAUCUCUGGCCUUUGAAUGACAGAUCUGCCUAGAUACUUUGUGUCCCCUUUUUAAUUACAUCAUCGAUGCACCAGCCAAACUAAGCCAACUUCCAUCUCGCUGCAUGAUGAGGCUGCUGGGAAAGCUGAUUGUCUAGUUAUGCAGAGUUAUUGGGGUCCUGUAUUAUGACAUAACUGAGCAGGGUCUCUAUUUGGGAUUCUGGGUGACAGAUCAUGUGAUAGCUGUUAUGGCGCCAUAUUAUCACGACACCCCCUAAGUGGUAAACCUAUCUACUUAUCUUAUUGGGGUCAGGUAUUAUAGCAGAACUGGAACUCAUGUGCCUCAGAGAGCUGGGUAGUAUCAUCUGUACGUGCUGUAAGGGCGGCCAUAUUGGAUUUCAACAAGUCUACCCAGAUAUAGAUAUAACUCAGAAGAAGAGGAAUCAGGGGCUUUCUGGGAAUUUACUUUUUUUGUAUUUUAGGGGAAGUGUAUUUUGACCUAAUCGCUGACCACAUAAAUUGGUGUCUUCUUCACCGCACAGUGCCAAAAACCCAACUAUAAAUAUCUAUAUAUAUAUAAAAAAAACUUGAAAUCCUCUGUUUAGUAGGAGAAAUCUCUUUUUUUGUAUCAGUCCCCACCCCCCACGUGUAUGAGCUUUUUUGUAUCACUCUGUUUUUAAAGGUCACACGUGGCACUGACACUUUGCACACAUGUGUUGUUUUGUAUAUGAUUUCCCUUUUUUUAUGUACUUUGUAAGAUAAAUGUCCCCUGCCCUCCCCCUGCUCUGUCAGACUCUGCGUCUAGAAAGAAACAAUUGUAAAACUUUUUUUUAACUUGUUUUAACACUUUUUUGCGUAUUUGUUAUGCUGUGUACAUUCAACAUCUUGUAAUAACUGCCCAGUCAAGUACUGUAAAUAAAUCUUACAUGCAGUACACACA